AUGCCCAACACAAGUUUGCGGCGUCCGCAAAAGGGCUACCGCCGCGGCGGGAAGCAGGCCUACCAUGGCCCCGGCCGCACAGCUCGUACCUUCGCCGCUUCGAGCCGCGCCGAAGCGACCUCUGCCGACGAAAAGUGGGAGCGCACGCGGCUGGUGCAGGCCAUCGACGAAAACAUGGGCUUCGCGCGUUACGAGGGUGGCAAGCGCAAGGAGGGGUGGCUCGUCAAUGUGCAGCCGACUUCGGUUGAGGACGACCGGAUACCAGGCGGCCGUGCGGCGCUUGACUGCUACUUCAUCGAGGACGACGGGUCGCACUUCAAGGCCACGGUCGAGUACAAUCCCUACUUCCUCAUCGCCGUCAAGAAGGGCCGCGAGAGCGAGGUCGAGGAGUGGCUGAAGCGCGUGCCCGGCGAUGGCGUCGUCAAGACGAUCAAGAGGGUCGAGAAGGAGGACCUGAAGAUGCCGAACCACCUGAUGGGCUACCGCCGGACCUUCCUCGAGCUCAGGUUCGCCAACGUCAACGACCUGAUGGCGGCGAGGAAAGACAUAAUGCCCAUUGCGGCCAAAAACAGAAAGAACGUGGAUGCCUUGGACGCAUACGCCGAGGUCCAAACAACAAACGGCGACUUUGACCUUUUUGACGACUCACGAGAUGACGAUAGACGAGCCAAUGCUUCUUUUGCCGACGCCAGCGACUUCAUUGUCGAUAUUAGAGAGUACGAUGUACCGUACCAUGUAAGAGUAAUGAUAGAUAUGGACAUUCGGGUGGGGAAAUGGUAUUUCAUCGACGUCAAGCACGGCGUCACCAAAGUCACUACCAACGAGGACCGUUUGGCCAUGGCGGACCCCGUAGUCAUGGCCUACGAUAUCGAGACAACAAAACUGCCUCUCAAGUUCCCCGACGCCGCCAUCGAUCAGGUCAUGAUGAUUUCGUACAUGAUUGAUGGGCAGGGUUUCCUCAUCACCAACAGAGAGAUCGUCUCGGAAGACAUUUCCGACUUCGACUAUACCCCCAAGCCCGAAUACCCCGGCUCCUUCAUGAUUUUCAACGAGCCAGACGAGAAGGCAGUCCUCGAGAGGUUCUUCCUACACAUAAAGGAGGCGAGACCUACCGUCAUCGCGACGUACAACGGUGACUUUUUCGAUUGGCCCUUUGUUGAUGCCCGCGCUAGUGUCAACGGCAUCGACAUGUACCAGGAGAUUGGCUGGAAGAAGGACAGCGAGGACCAGUACAAGUGCAGCUACAGCGUGCACAUGGACUGCUUCCACUGGGUGAACCGUGACUCGUAUCUGCCUCAAGGAUCUCGAGGCCUAAAGGCCGUCACAGUGGCCAAGCUCGGGUACGACCCUGACGAGCUCGACCCUGAAUUGAUGACGCCCUAUGCCGCUGAACGCCCGCAGACUCUGGCCGAGUAUUCAGUCUCCGAUGCCGUGGCGACGUACUACCUGUACAUGAAAUACGUCCACCCGUUCAUCUUCUCUCUCUGUACGAUUCUGCCCCUGGGCGGCGACGAUACUUUGCGAAAGGGUACCGGUACCCUGUGCGAGAUGUUGUUGAUGGUCCAGGCUUACCAGCAGGAGAUCGUGCUACCCAAUAAACACGUCUCGCCAAGGGAAGCGUUUUACGAAGGCCACUUGCUCGACUCCGAAACGUAUGUUGGUGGCCACGUCGAGAGUAUUGAAGCGGGCGUCUUCCGUGCAGAUAUCCCUGUCAACUUUGCAGUCGAUACGGGUGCAGUGGACGAGCUAUUGACGGAUCUGGACGCCGCCCUCAAGUUCAGUAUCACAGUGGAAGAGAAGAAGUCAAUGGACGACAUUGAGAACUACGACGAGAUCAGAGAGCAAAUUGCUUCGCGGUUGCGCGCUCUCAAAGAGACGCCGAACCGCAGUGAGCGGCCUCUCAUUUAUCAUCUCGACGUCGCUUCCAUGUACCCCAACAUCAUGACGACAAAUCGACUACAACCCGACUCCAUGAUCCAGGAGUCGGACUGCGCGGCAUGCGACUUCAACCGGCCUGGCAAGACGUGCGACAGACGGCUGCCUUGGGCCUGGAGAGGAGAGUACUUGCCGGCGAAGCGUGACGAGUACAACAUGAUCAGGAACGCGCUCGAGAACGAAAAGUUUCCGGGCAAGUGGCCAAACUCUCCGCAGCGGACGUUCCAGGACCUGUCUCCGGACGAGCAGACGGCUCUGCUGAGGAAGCGGUUGCAGAUCUUCUCGCAAAAGGUCUACCACAAGAUCCACGACUCUACGACCAUCGUCAAGGAGGCCAUCAUCUGCCAGCGUGAGAAUCCGUUCUACAUCAACACCGUCCGAGAUUUUCGUGAUCGUCGGUACGACUACAAAGGCAAGGCCAAAGUCUGGAAGGGCAAGACGGAGGCUCUCAAGCAAUCCGGCGCGACAUCUUCCGAAGUCGACGCGGCCAAGAAGAUGAUCAUUCUCUUCGACUCGCUGCAGCUUGCCCACAAGGUCAUUCUGAACUCGUUCUACGGCUAUGUCAUGAGAAAGGGUUCGCGUUGGUACUCCAUGGAAAUGGCCGGCGUGACCUGUCUGACGGGAGCAACCAUCAUCCAGCUGGCCAGAUCGCUCGUUGAGCGCCUUGGUCGCCCCUUGGAACUGGACACCGACGGUAUUUGGUGCAUGCUUCCAGCCACAUUUCCCGAAAACUUUGCUUUCAAGAUGAAGAACGGCAAGAAGCUUACCAUCUCGUACCCCUGUACUAUGUUGAACCAUCUGGUACACGCCAAGUUCACUAACCAUCAGUACCAAACACUCGUGGAUCCCAAGACGCUCAAGUACGAGACUCACAGCGAUAACUCCAUCUUCUUCGAAGUUGACGGUCCCUACAAGGCCAUGGUUCUGCCUACGUCCAAAGAGGAGGACAAGAACUUGAAGAAGCGUUAUGCCGUUUUCAACGAUGACGGAAGUCUGGCCGAGUUGAAGGGUUUCGAGGUGAAGCGCCGAGGAGAGUUGAAGCUCAUCAAGAUCUUCCAACAGCAAAUCUUCAAGUUCUUCCUCGAGGGAGAAACCCUCGCAGAUUGCUAUGCUGCUGUUGCCAAGGUUGCCAACCAGUGGUUGGACGUCUUGCAUGGCAAGGGCUCGACACUGGCCGACGAGGAGCUCAUGGAGCUCAUUUCCGAGAACAGAAGUAUGUCCAAAACCUUGGAGGAGUACGGCUCGCAGAAGUCGACAUCCAUCACUACGGCCAAACGUUUGGCGGACUUCUUGGGUGAGCAGAUGGUGAAAGACAAGGGCCUCAACUGCAAGUUCAUCAUCUGCGCAAGGCCAAAGAACGCGCCCGUCACCGAAAGAGCCGUGCCUGUUGCCAUCUUUUCCGCCGAAGAGACGACGAAGCGCUUUUACCUCAAGAAGUGGUUGAAGGAGGAGCCCGCCGACACCGACCCCAGAGCUCUCCUGGACUGGGACUACUACCUCGAGCGACUGGGAUCCGUCAUCCAGAAACUCAUCACUAUCCCGGCCGCACUCCAGAAGGUCAGGAACCCCGUGCCUCGCGUUCCCCACCCCGACUGGCUCCAGCGCAGAAUCAACAUCAAGGACGACAAGAUGAAGCAGAAGAAGCUCACGGAUCUGUUCGCCAAGGGCCCCCUGGAAGACAUCACUAACCUCAACGGUCGCUCUGCUGCCGAUAUGGAGGACUUUGGAAGCCAGCUUCUCAAGCCGAAGCAGGUAACUUCUGUGGUGGCUUCGUCACAGGCCGCGGCUUCCACCUCUCAGAAGCGGAAAUCUCCCGAGCCUGCCGAGAACGCUGAUCCCUUCGCUGCCCUUCCCAAAGAAAUGCCCUCGCCUUCAGACGACUAUGUCGGUUUCCUGCAAUAUCAGAAGCAGAAGUGGAAGAUUCAGAAGCAGGCACGCAUCCGCCGACGACAACUUUUCGGAGACCGACGGGGCAACAACCAGAACAACAUUCAGAACACGUUCAUGAAACAGGCUCACUUGACCUUCAUGAGCACCUGGCAGUUGUUGCAUCUCAAGCCUACAGACACACCUGGAAUCGUCAAUGCUCAUGUUCUCAUCGACGCAAAGAUCCACUCGCUCAAGAUCAAGGUCCCACGACAGGUGUUCUUGAAUCUGAAGAGCGGGGACAUGCCAGAUGUCGACAUCCCAGGAUGCGAGGUUGAGCAGGUCAACCACACCCUGCCCAACGGGCAUUCUUCCGUUCACCUCUUCAAGCUCACCGUCCCCGAGGAUAUUUAUUUCAGCGAAGCCGACAAGUUCUCUCUGCUGUUCAAUCACCCGAGUGUCGAGGGUGUGUACGAGAUGCAUCUGCCUCUUAACAUCCGUGCCGUGCUUCAACUGGGCAAUCUAUGUACCAUCGACGAACAGCAGCACGCGGUGCUCGGUAAGGGUCUGGAGCAGGGGUUCGACUUGCUCGGUCUCAAGCGUCCCCUGAAGCCUAGAACUUACCUCGACACCUCGCCUUUGGCAUAUAUCUACAUCUCGCACAUCACCGCAGGCGACAGGCAAAUCUUCGGAGUAUUUUCAACACUGAAGGAUGAGGCACACAUCAUCAUCCUGCAGAAGGGUAGAGACUCCGGGCAGGAUCUCCCCAAUAUCUCGCGGAUCUACACCGAGCUGCUCGCCCGACGAGCAGAGGAGGCGGCCGGGACCAACUGGCAAGACUGCUUUACGUACCAAGAGAAGGUCAACUUUAGGAUCACGCAAGUAACGACACGACGAAAGGCACACUUGGAGCUUAGCGACGUUGUCAGGAAGAUGAGAAAAGACGAGCUGCGGCCGCUCAUGAUGGUCAUUCAGUCGUCCCAGCGCAACAUGCUCAUUAACGACGUCCCCAUCCUCGGCGAGUUCCCCGUGCUGCCCCUCAAGUACGACGCUGCCGACAGCUCUCUCCCACCGCUCGGCUGGCAAACAGCCGUGGCCAGACGACUGGUCGGACACUACCUUGGUCUUGGCUCUUGGAUCGUGCAUCUGACCACUCUUGCGCGAUACGGCGAAGUCCCCCUGUGCAACCUUGAGCGAGAAGAUCCGCGCUUCCUCAUCGAUAUCGCCUACGCCAGGCGGCUCCAGAACAAUAAUGUCGUGCUUUGGUGGUCCGCAAGCCCCCGGCCUGAUCACGCUGGCCACGAGAAAGAUGACAUUACAGGACCUCUGGAGACUGUCCAGAUGCCGGCGGUCAACAACCCUGGCACGUUCUCCUCGGUCUGCAUCGACUUGGAAGUCAGGAACCUGGCCAUUAACACCAUUCUUACUUCGUCUCUGAUCAACGAAUUGGAAGGGUCCGAUUCCAUUUCGUUCAACCCCGCCGGUGACGGGAAUGCAGCAGGCGACGAAGUCAUCUCGUCCGAGGGCACGUUCGCCAACGCCGGUGUUCUGGUGCUGCGAGAGAUGGUCAAGAGUUGGUGGCAGGAGGCUUGCAAAGGCAGCGCAAUGGCGGACGUCAUGGUCCAGCAUCUCGUCCGUUGGGUCGAGAGCCCCGACUCCUUUCUGUACGACCGCGCUCUGCAUUACUAUGUGCAGAUGAUGUCCCGCAAAGCCUUCCAGCAGCUCAUGGCCGACUUCCGUCGCGUCGGGUCGCAGGUCGUCUUUGCCAACUCCAACCGUCUCCUUUUGCAGACGACCAAGGCCGAGGUGGGCACCGCUUACGCCUACAGCCAGUACAUCAUCAAGUCGAUCAAGAGCAAACCUCUCUUCCACUUCAUCGACCUCGAGAUCAAGGAAUACUGGGACUAUCUGGUUUGGUACGACGAGUUCAAUUACGGAGGCAAAGCCUGCCAGGAGGUUGUGGAAGCGGAGCAGCAGACUCUCGACACCGUCAUGCAUUGGCAGAUGGCCACCUUCCUCCCCAUCCGUUUACAGCCAACGUUCCAAGACUGGGUCAUCGAGUUCAUCCAGCUCAUGCACAACUUCAAGCGGCCUCAGAACGGAGACCUCUCCUCGACGCCGCGUCUCACGCAGCUACCACAAAAGUCCCUUGCAGAAGGCGCUCAGGGGCAGAUUAUCCUUGGCAAGGCCUUCGAGAAGCCCUUGAAAAAGGAGAUGGCCAACCUCAUCAACCUGCAGAAGCGCGAGCUCCUCCAUCCAGAGCUGGCUGAAGACUACUCCUUCCCGCACUUGCCCGGUUCACAUCUCACGCACCUCUCGUCACGUAACGCCGUGCUCGAGCUUGUCAAGGCGCUGAUGCAGGUGCUCUCUCUCGACAAGAACAUCACGCUCGAGGCGCGCCUGCUGCGCAAGGAGCUGCUCGCCAUGUUCGACGUGCGCGAGUUCAGCAAGGAGGGCGCGUUCCAGAACCCGAGCGAGAGCCUGAAGGUCAUCCAGCUCAGCUGCGACAGCUGCACGAUGGCGCGGGAUCUCGACUUCUGCCGUGACGAGGACCUGAUGCCGGAGAUGGGCCCUGACGGGAAGCGCCUCGGGCCGGAGACGAGACCGUGGCGGUGCACUUUCUGCGAGGCCGAGUACGACCGCAACGCCAUCGAGGAGAUGCUGCUGGCGCGGGUGGAGGCUUUCGUGGUGGAGUGGACGACGCAAGACCUCAAAUGCGGCAAGUGCGGUGCGCUGCGGAUGAAUGAGUUCAUGGAGCACUGCACAUGCAGCGGCGAGUGGGUGGAGAGCGUGAGGAGGGCGGACAUUGUGAGGCGGCUGAAUGUAUUUCGGAACGUGGCCCAGUUCUAUGGGUUGAAGAUGCUGUUGGAGGUCACAGAGGGCCUGAGGAAGGGGCUUUGA